UAUUUAUUUUUGAGGGGGGAAGGGGCAGGAUUAUGUUUUGGAUGGGCUCCUAUCCAGCCACCUUGUUCCUCGUCUCCUUCUUCCAUUUCAGCUAUCCUUGGUCAGUGAAUAAUUUCCUGAUGACUGGUCCCAAGGCAUACCUCAUCUAUUCCAGCAGCGUUGCGGCCGGCGCACAGAGUGGAAUUGAGGAAUGCAAGUUCCAGUUUGCUUGGGAUCGCUGGAACUGCCCAGAGAGAGCUUUGCAACUCUCCAGCCAUGGAGGACUGCGUAGUGCAAACCGAGAAACAGCCUUUGUCCAUGCGAUCAGCUCCGCUGGAGUCAUGUACACACUGACACGCAAUUGCAGCCUGGGCGACUUUGACAAUUGUGGAUGCGAUGAUUCACGCAACGGGCAACUUGGAGGACAAGGAUGGCUGUGGGGAGGCUGCAGUGACAACGUGGGCUUUGGGGAGGCCAUUUCAAAGCAGUUUGUGGACGCACUUGAGACAGGGCAGGAUGCCAGAGCAGCGAUGAACCUGCAUAACAACGAGGCAGGCAGAAAGGCAGUGAAAGGCACCAUGAAGAGGACCUGCAAAUGCCACGGAGUAUCCGGCAGCUGCACCACGCAGACCUGCUGGCUGCAGCUGCCCGAGUUUCGAGAAGUAGGGACCUACCUGAAGGAGAAAUACCACAAAGGCCUGAAGGUCGACUUGCUCCAAGGGGCAGGCAAUAGUGCCGCCAGCCGGGGGGCGAUUGCCGAAACCUUCAGCUCCAUCUCCAAGAAGGAGCUGGUCCACCUGGAGGACUCCCCUGACUACUGCCUGGAGAACAAGACUCUGGGCUUGCUGGGGACGGAGGGCCGGGAGUGCCUGAAGAGGGGCAAGGCUUUGAGCAAGUGGGAGAAGCGCAGCUGUCAGCGUCUGUGCGGGGACUGUGGGCUGGCCGUGGAGGAGCGGCGAGCCGAGAUGGUGUCCAGCUGCAACUGCAAGUUCCACUGGUGCUGCGCCGUCCGGUGCGAGCAGUGCCGCAAGCGCGUCACCAAAUAUUACUGCGUGCGCAAGGAGAAGCGGGAACGUGGUGGGGGCAGCGCGGCCUCCCGCAAACUCAAGAGGAAGCAGCCCUAAUACCAGCCCCCUGCCAACCUCCUCCCCCUCUGGUUUUUCUUCACUUCUGGAUAGUAUUUAAGGUAGAACCAACGACCCCGUACAGUGGUACCUUGGUUGCCGAAAGGCUUAGUCGUCGAAUGAAUCGGCUCCCGAACGCCGCAAACCCGGAAGGAAGUGUUCCGGUUUGCGAACGUUUUCCGGAAACUGAACGUCCGGCGCGGCUUCCCCUUGGGUGCGGGAAGCUCCUGCAACCAAUCGGAAGCUGUGCCUUGGUUUUCGAAUGGUUACGGGAGUCGAAUGGACUCCCAGAAUGGAUUAAGUCUGAGAACCAAGGUACCACUGUAGCUGGG